AGUGGUCCCACCGUGGACGAAUAGCCACCACAUCGGGACAAGCAAGGGUGAAUGGCAGCGAGGAUAUCCAACGAAUGAUUUCAAGCCUUUUUAGCCAAGACGAUCAAUCGAAAAACACACAUCGGGGCUGGAGGAUCCAGUCACAGUUCCUGCCACCUCCCAUUUAUUCAGAGGUCUGUUCUAACUAGGAGCUGGUAAAGAGAUAUUUUAUCAUGAAGCCCAGAUUAAGUGUCUGCUUAUCCAGAACGUCUCAGUUACUACCUUGAACUUCUGAAAGGAAGAGGAUAAUGAAAUGAGAUAAAGCGGACGACUGGAGGAGCCCUGCCCCCCCCUUACCUCCACCUCCUUUGAAGCAUGGCAGGCUUACAGCUUGUCACCCCUGCUACUUCACCCAUGGGGCCUUUCUUUGGUCUGCCAUGGCAGCAGGAGGCUAUCCACGAUAACAUCUACACACCUAGGAAAUAUCAGGUAGAACUUCUCGAAGCAGCUCUUGAACAUAAUACUAUCGUCUGCUUGAAUACUGGCUCAGGGAAGACCUUUAUUGCAGUACUUCUAACAAAAGAGCUCUCCCACCAAAUCCGUGGACCUUACCAAGGAAAUGCGAAGAGGACUGUUUUUCUGGUGAACACAGCUUCGUCUGUGGUUCAGCAAGCAGCUGCAGUCAGGACUCACUCUGACCUCCAGGUGGGAGAGUACACAGAUUUGGGGGAAACCUCAGCAUGGACCGACCAGCAGUGGAGUCAAGAGAUAAUCGAGAAUCAGGUGCUGGUCAUGACCUGCCACAUAUUCCUGCACGUCCUGAGGAAUAAAAUCUUACCGUUGUCUAAAAUCAACUUGGUGGUUUUUGAUGAUUGUCACCUGGCCAUCACAGACCACCCCUACUGUGAGAUAAUGAAGCUGUUUGAAGGCUGUUCAUGCAGUCCUCGCAUCCUGGGUCUCACCGCCUCCAUUCUGAAUGGAAAAUGCGACCCGUCAGAACUGGAGCAGAAGAUCCAGAAACUGGAGAGAGUCCUGAAGAGCAAUGCUGAAACGGCCACCGACCUCGUGGUCCUGGACAGAUAUGCCUCUCAGCCAAGAGAAGUGGUGUUGGACUGCGGGCCCUUCGUGGACAAGAGCGGCCUCUCCUCCCGUCUGCAGGCGGAGCUGGAUGAAGCUCUCCACUUCCUGAAUGACUGCAACAUUUCUGUUGCCAGAGAGGACCGUGAUCCCACGUUCAUCUCCAAACAGGUCCUGAGUGACUGCCGGGCUGUGCUGCAGGUGCUGGGGCCCUGGUGUGCAGAUAAGGCCGCGGGCAUCAUGGUGCGCGAGCUCCAGAAGUACAUCAAACACGAGCAGGAAGAACUCAACCGCAAGUUCCUGCUCUUCACCGACACCAUCCUGCGCAAAGUGCACGCUCUCUGCGAGGAGCACUUCUCCCCAGCCUCGCUGGACCUCAAGUUUGUCACCCCCAAGGUCCUCCGGCUGCUUGAGAUCCUGCACGAGUACAAGCCCUUCGAGCGGCAGCAGUUCGAGAGCGUGGAGUGGUACAACAACCGCAACCAGGACAACUACGUCUCCUGGAGCGACUCCGAGGACGAGGAUGAGGACGAGGAGGUGGAGGCCAAAGAGAGGCCUGAAGCGAACUUUCCCUCGCCGUUCACCAACAUUCUGUGUGGGAUCAUCUUUGUGGAGAGGCGCUACACAGCUGUCGUCCUCAAUCGUCUUAUCAAAGAGGCGGGGAAACAGGACCCGGAGCUGGCUUACAUCAGCAGCAACUUCAUCACCGGCCACAGCAUCGGCAAAAACCAGCCAAGGAACAAGCAGAUGGAAGUGGAGUUCAGGAAACAAGAAGAGGUUCUCCGCAAAUUCCGGGCUCACGAAACCAACCUGCUCAUCGCCACCAGCAUCGUGGAGGAGGGCGUGGAUAUUCCAAAGUGCAACCUGGUGGUGCGGUUCGACCUGCCCACGGAGUACCGGUCCUACGUCCAGUCCAAAGGCAGAGCUCGGGCGCCAGUCUCCAACUACAUCAUGCUGGCCGAUAGUGAGAGGACCAAAGCCUUUGAAGAGGAUCUCACUACCUACAAGGCCAUUGAGAAGAUCUUGAGGAACAAGUGCUCUAAGUCAGUGGAGGUGAGUGAGUUUGAGGUGGAGCAGGUGCUGGACGAUGACAACAUCCUUCCACCUUACGUGCUUCGGUCUGAGGACGGAGGUCCCCGGGUCACCAUCAACACAGCCAUUGGACACAUUAACAGAUAUUGUGCUCGGCUGCCCAGUGACCCGUUCACCCACUUAGCACCCAAAUGUAAAACUGUGGAGACGCAGAAUGGACGCUUACAGUCCACACUCUACUUACCCAUCAACUCCCCUCUGCGAGUUCCUGUUAAGGGUCCCACAAUGAACUGUGCCAGACUGGCAGAGAAAGCAGUUGCACUAGUAUGCUGCGAGAAACUCCACAAAAUAGGUGAGCUGGACGACCAUCUGAUGCCGGUGGGGAAGGAGACAGUCAAAUAUGAGGAGGAGCUGGACCUUCACGACGAGGAGGAGACCAGCGUCCCAGGCCGGCCCGGUUCUACCAAGAGGAGGCAGUGUUACCCUAAAGCCAUACCAGAGUGUCUGCGGGACAGUUACGCUGUACCGGAGCAGACUUACUAUCUAUAUGUGAUCGGGAUGGUCCUCACCACCCCUCUCCCCGAUGAACUCAACUUCCGCAGAAGGAAGCUCUACCCACCGGAGGACACCACCAGGUGCUUCGGCAUCCUGACUGCCAAACCCAUACCUCGAAUCCCCCAUUUCCCGGUGUACACUCGCUCGGGUGAGGUGACAAUCUCCAUCGAGCUGCAGAAAUCGGGCUUCACGCUCAGCGCCGCCCAGCUCGACCUCAUCACCCGCCUGCACCAGUACAUCUUUUCCCACAUCCUCCGCCUGGAGAAACCUGCACUGGAGUUCAAGCCCACGUUGGCUGACUCGGCUUACUGUGUUCUACCUCUGAAUGUUGUUGGGGACUCCAACACACUUGAUAUGGACUUUAAGUUCAUGGAGGACAUUGAGAAAUCUGAGGCCCGCACUGGCAUUCCUACCACACAGUACACCAAGCAGAACCCCUUCACCUUUAAGCUGGAGGACUACCAGGAUGCCGUCAUCAUUCCAAGGUAUCGUAACUUCGACCAGCCUCAUCGCUUCUACGUCGCCGACGUGUACACAGACCUGACACCGCUCAGCAAGUUUCCUUCACCAGAAUACGAGACGUUCGCUGAGUACUACAAAACCAAGUACAACCUGGACCUGUCCAACCUGAACCAGCCACUCCUGGAUGUAGACCACACCUCCUCCAGAUUGAACCUGUUGACCCCUCGGCACCUGAACCAGAAGGGCAAAGCCCUGCCACUCAGCAGUGCAGAGAAGAGGAAGGCCAAAUGGGAGAGUCUGCAGAACAAACAGAUCCUGGUUCCAGAGCUGUGUGCCAUCCACCCCAUCCCCGCCUCCCUGUGGAGGAAAGCAGUGUGCCUGCCCAGCAUCCUCUACCGCCUCCACUGCCUCCUGACCGCAGAGGAACUCAGAGCCCAGACGGCCAGCGAAGCCGGAGUGGGAGUCCAGACCCUCCCCCCUGACUUCAGGUAUCCAAACCUGGACUUUGGCUGGAAGAGAUCCAUUGACAGCAGAACAUUCAUCUCCUGUCCUGAGUCCUGCGGUGAGGACGGUGAGGGUCACUGUAAGCACCAACAGACUGUAACCCCUGACCCCAGUUCCCUGACGCAACCAAGUAGUCACCACUCUUCCCUGCCCGAUCAGGCGCCCCUCGUGGGCCCUGAGUCUGGAAACGCCACCUGCACGAGGAACCUAACUAAUGGCACUGCCCUUGUCGCCGACUGUGACGACAGCGGCCACCGAGACGAGCACCUUCACCAACGUGACAAUUGCCAAUGCUCCCAGCCCAGCUCGCCUGGGCUGCAGAGCCCUGAAUCAAUACAAACCACUACCUCAGUUCCUGUGCAGCCCUCUCACAGCUUGAAGAAGCCCAGCUCCAGUCCUCCGCAGCCUAGUGACGAAUGUACACCAGGGAGGACCUCAGACCACACAAAUAAAGCUACCUCAGUCUGCAGCCGGGCAGCCACGGGUCCCAACGCUCCCACAGCACCUUCUCCUGACCUUGCAGCCGGCCCCCAGCACAGAGCCCAGAGAGAAGACUCCCCCAAAAGCCUGGGGCCCAACCCGGGCCUCAUCCUGCAGGCCUUGACCCUGUCAAACGCAAGCGACGGCUUCAACCUGGAGCGGCUGGAGAUGCUCGGCGACUCUUUCCUUAAGCACGCUAUCACCACGUACCUGUUCUGCACCUACCCUGAUGCUCAUGAGGGGCGACUCAGUUAUAUGCGCAGCAAGAAGGUGAGCAACUGUAACCUGUACCGCCUGGGGAAGAAGAAGGGGCUCCCCAGCAGGAUGGUGGUGUCCAUCUUCGACCCCCCUGUUAAUUGGCUGCCUCCAGGCUACGUGGUCAACCAGGACAAAAGCAGCACUGACAAACUGGAUUCAGGAGAGGCCAAAGAGGAGCUUCUGGCCAACGGGCGAUCUGGGAACGACUAUGACGAGGACGAUGAGGAGGGAGAGGAGGUGGACGAGGACGAUGAGGUGAUGUUGAAGGAUGAGCCAAAGGACGAGGUCAACAUGGAGGACGAUUUGGAGUACUACAAGGAGCACAUCAAGUUCAUCGAUAAUAUGCUGUUGGGAUCCGGUGCAUUUGCAAAGAAGAUCUCUCUGAGCGUCUUCCCUCCCUCUCCCACCCCGGCCUCGGGUCCAUCCGCCACCAUGGAGUCUCCGUAUGAAUGGAAGGCCCCCAAGAAGCCACUGCAUCCCACUGCGUCCCACUACUCCUCCUCAGAGCCGGCGCCCAGCGGGCCCUCGGCCGAGGAGUUCGACUACAGCUCGUGGGACGCCAUGUGCUACCUGGACCCCAGCAAGGCCGGGGAGGAGGACGACUUUGUGGUGGGUUUUUGGAACCCGUCGGAGGAGAACUGCGGGGUCGAGCUCGGCAAGCAGUCGAUCUCCUACGACCUGCACACAGAGCAGUGCAUCGCCGACAAGAGCAUCGCCGACUGUGUGGAGGCUCUGCUGGGCUGCUACCUGACCAGCUGCGGAGAAAGAGCCGCCCAGAUGUUCCUCUGCUCGUUGGGCCUCAAGGUGUUACCAUUGGAGAGAGGGACUCUAACAGGCGAAGUGGUGCGGAGCCAACAGACCGUAGCCACCGACCUGUGCUACGGAUGGCUAAAGAUUCCACCCCGCUGCAUGCUGGACCAUCCGGACGCAGAGCGAACGCUCAACCACCUCAUUUCUGGCUUCAAGAACUUUGAAAAAAAGAUCAACUACACCUUUCAGAACAAGGCUUACCUCCUGCAAGCCUUCACCCACGCUUCCUACCAUUACAACACCAUCACAGAUUGUUACCAGCGGCUGGAGUUCCUCGGUGAUGCAAUUUUAGACUACCUCAUAACGAAGCACCUUUACGAAGACCCGCGGCAGCACUCUCCCGGUGUGCUGACCGACCUGCGCUCAGCACUGGUCAACAACACCAUCUUUGCCUCUCUGGCCGUCAAGUACGACUACCACAAGUACUUCAAGGCCAUCUCACCCGAGCUUUUUCACGUCAUCGACGACUUCGUGCAGUUUCAGCUGGAGAAGAACGAGAUGCAAGGCAUGGACUCCGAGCUGCGACGCUCUGAAGAAGACGAGGAGAAGGAGGAGGACAUCGAGGUCCCCAAGGCCAUGGGGGACAUCUUUGAGUCGCUAGCCGGAGCAAUUUACAUGGACAGCAGUAUGUCGUUGGAGACAGUGUGGCAAGUGUAUUAUCCAAUGAUGAGGCCACUUAUAGAGAAAUUCUCUGCCAACGUGCCACGCUCUCCUGUGAGGGAGCUGCUCGAGAUGGAACCAGAAACUGCCAAGUUCAGCCCCGCAGAGAGAACGUACGACGGGAAGGUCCGGGUGACGGUGGAGGUGGUCGGGAAGGGCAAGUUCAAAGGAGUCGGCCGCAGCUACCGGAUCGCCAAGUCGGCGGCGGCGCGACGAGCUCUGCGCAGCCUCAAAGCCAAUCAACCUCAGGUCCAAAAUAACUGAGCUCCUCCUUUCCCGAGCUCUUCAGCAUUAGCACCUAAGCUAUCGAUGCGAACGGAGAAAAACAAACAAACAAAAAAAAAAAACAAAACAAAACAAAAAAGCAACUUCGGCUUCCCAACACAGCGCGAUGCUAGCCCCUGUAUCUUCAGCCCGCGAUGGCACAACCGAGGCAGCCAGGAACACUGUGUGGAGAUGCAACAAAAGAAGCAGACUGCUCUCACAACGGAUUUCACAUCGGAUCUUUUACCUUUUUUUUUUUUUCUUAUUUCUUUUUUUUUUUUUGCGCAAACACAAUCUUUACUUUCCCUCUCUGCUUUGUGUAAUCACGAGUGCUUUAUUAACGUUUAGUUAAGUGUUUUAAAAAAAAAAAAAAAAGGUCAGGUCGCAGUGUCUAUUCCUCAGUUCUUGUUUUUUUUUUAGUUAACCUCUAUGACAGCGAGAUGAGGCUUACGCUUAUUGUGUAGUAUUAGAUUGUACAUAGUUCAAUCAAAGGUGUAAAUCAAAGUAUGUAGGAAGAAAAAAAUAAAAACAAAAAAACGCUAAACU